AUACAUGGUUGGAAUCCCCCGCAAGAAGCAAGGCCAACGUCAGUUGUUGCAAACCACGCGCUGACGCGCACAAUAAUGUGCGGCAGAGGUGGAGCAAAUGUUUCGCUGUGCCUCCUUAUAAUCCUGAUAGUCGCACACCACAUCUGGAACUUUCUUGGGCUUAGUUGGAAUUGGGCGGGCUUAGAACCCAUGCAAACCUCCUCAGUAUUCUUAGCUGCGAAGCCUGCCUCGGCUCCGGUUCGCGUGAGGUCGCUGUACACAAGUCGGACACCGAGCACCGCAAACGAUCCGAAUUCCAUGGCUGCGGCUGCUCCUAAGUGGGCUCAGAAGACCAUAACUCUGCCUCCCCAGAGGAGGGGCUGCCAUCUCAUCACCCCUAAGAUAAUGAAGGAAAUUGGGCAAGAUCUGUCAGAAUUCAAGUGUGGCCUUGCUCAUCUCUUCUUGCAGCACACUAGUGCUUCUCUUACUAUCAAUGAGAAUUAUGACUCUGAUGUUCGGGAUGAUACUGAGACAUUCCUCAACAAGAUAGUUCCAGAGGGAAGAUCUGCGCCUUGGAAGCAUACAAUUGAAGGCCCAGAUGACAUGCCAGCGCAUAUCAAGUCGUCGAUGUUUGGCUGCACGCUGACGGUUCCAAUUACAAAUGGGCAGCUUAACAUGGGAACCUGGCAGAAAAUUAGUUGCUCUAGACACACUAGCUGGAUUUGUAUUGAUAAAAGCUUAGGGAAAAGAAGAAAAGUGAGAAUAGCAUUGAAUCGUGAUUGGGGAAGCAGUUUCAAUCCUCUUUUUCGUUUGGCCAAUGAUAAAGAUGGUUAGAAAGGGAAUUGCAGUGAGUCACUAUAUAUGUUGUAAUCUUUUACAACCUAGUUGAAAUCUUAUUGCUCUAUGUUAAUUAUUGUAACAGUAACACUCGGUCUAAGAUAUGGAUGAAAAGCCUGAAAAUAUGCCCUUCAAGACACAUAGAAGACACUAGACAGAUGGUUCUAAUGGUGUCAUGGUAGAGUUAGGCAUUUUUCUGGACCUAGUUGUGUAGGUUUGAACUUCAUCAAGUGUAUAAAAUAUUAAUACAACAGGUCAUGCAAUAGUAUUUGGACUAACUGGCGUCUCUCUCUCUCUCUCUCUCUCUCUCUCUCUCUCUCUCCUGAAGUAAACUAGAGUUGUAGGGUCGUGUUUAUCUGAUAA